GAAAAAUAAAAUGAAAUUUAUGAGACACAAAAAAGUUAAUUUAAUUCAAAUUUGAGGUUUUUUUGAGCCAAAUAAGAUGAAAUUUCAUUUCAUAUUACUAAGUAUAGUAUCAUUAAGUUUCGGAUUAGUGCAAGAACAGGAUAAACAGGAUUGUACAGAUGUAACUAGGACAGAACAGGAACCUAUAUUAGUGCUAUCUACAUUAAAUGGAGACUUGUUGGCAAUAGAUCCCAACAACGGCGACUUAAAAUGGAAGUUAAACGAGGAGCCGUCAGUUAAGACAGAGAACAACAAUGAGUAUUUCUCAUCUAAUUCUGUAUACUUUCCCGAUCCAAUAAGUGGAAAUCUUUAUAAGCUACGCAUGCAAGAAAAUGGAAAAAAUAAUGAGCUAAGGAAGUUGCCAUUCACGAUUCCAGAACUUGUCACUCGCUCGCCUUGUAAAUCGAGUGACGGAAUUUUAUAUUCAGGCAAAAAGUCUGAUAAUUGGUUCAUGAUAGAUCCAAAGACAGGGAAGCGUGAAUGGGUAAUGGGAUUUGGUGCAAAGGAUGCAAAUGAUUUGUUGGGAUAUGCCACAUCGCGAGCCGUAUACCUUGGACGAACACAGUACACGGUGUUAAUGUAUGAUACGACGGAAACAAACAGCAAGCCAUGGAAUAUCACGUUUUAUGAUUACAAUUCACAUACGAUGGCACCAGAAAUUCUCGACAAAUAUGAAUUCAUUCAUGUAACGUCAAGCACGACUGGUAAAAUUAUCACAAUGAACAAGAAAAGUGGUAAUUUUUUGUGGCAAUUAAGUGAUGAUAUCUACGAAUCGCCUAUUGUUGCCAUUUUCAUAUUGACAAGUGAGGGAUUUCUCAGCGUACCGUUCACAACAGUUAGUGAAAAUGUCAUCGAAAAAGUUAUUGAUUAUAGUUUGAGUGAAACGAAAAGUGAUUUUCAGCUAUAUGAGACAGUUUAUGUGGGCGAAAGUAAAGACAAAAAGUUUGAUACUUUGUAUGCUAUACCAUCAUACAUAGAUGAUUUUACGCCAACGAUAAAGAAGAAUCGAAUAAAUUUGUUAGAGGGGCCGAAAGGCAAGAAUUCGAGAUAUGAUGACGAUGAAACCGUACCAGCAAGUGAUAAGCAAACAAAAGAUAAAAAGGACAAAAAUAUAAUAUUUUUUGGACAUUAUGAAGUACCGACAACCGAAACAUUCUUUGAGACUAUAUCGACGAAAUCGAAAGAUGGCAAUAAUCAGCUCUCAGUUAUUAAGCACCAACCGUUUGCGAAUUUAUAUACAAAAAGUAAGAAUGAUGAGGAUAGUACGAUAAUUAUAAAUGAAUCUGGAUCUGCAAUAAUCAAUGAAACGGAUAAUGAUAAUGAUGAUAAGGCAAGCAUUGUAGAGACACCAGACGUGAAAAAAAUUGGAUUCUUAAAGCACAUCAAAAACAGUUUAAAAUCAUGGAUGGAUCAAGAAGAAAACAAAGUUUUAAAGCUUUUAAUGGUCAUUUUAAUUGGAAUUGUGAUUACAAUGUUCUGGUACUUUCACACGACAGUCAAAGAGCUGCGACAACAAUCUCAAAAUGGUUCAAAUACUGUGCUACGCGUCUCUGGCAAUUCCAACAAUAGCGAUUACAGCGAGCCAUUUUACAGCACCGAUGAGCACAUCAAGAUAGGCAAAAUCUCUUUCAAUCCGCGUCUCAUUUUGGGUAAAGGAUGUGAAGGAACCUUUGUUUUUCGUGGCACAUUUGAGAAUCGCGAUGUUGCAGUAAAAAGAUUGUUGCCAGAUUGUUUUACUCUCGCUGAUCGUGAGGUUGCGUUGCUGAGAGAAUCAGAUACACAUGAGAAUGUCGUGAGAUAUUUUUGUACAGAAAGUGAUCGACAAUUUAGGUAUAUUGCGGUAGAGUUGUGUUCUGCAACAUUGCAGGAUUAUAUUGAGGGGAAAAAUGCUGAUGGACUUCAGCAGUUGAUUGAUAUGAAGGAAGUUUUAUAUCAAGCGACUAGUGGACUUAAUCAUUUGCAUCACUUAAACAUUGUUCAUCGUGAUAUAAAGCCACAAAAUGUACUAAUCUCUUUACCAGAUAAUAAGAAUCGUGUGAGAGCGCUCAUAUCCGAUUUUGGGCUGUGUAAAAAGGUUAACGUAGGAAAAGCCUCUUUUUCAAAGAAGUCAGGCAUCACUGGAACUGAUGGAUGGAUAGCUGCUGAGAUGAUAAGAGGAAAUAGAGUUUCAAUAUCCGUAGAUAUAUUUUCAAUGGGUUGUGUCUACUAUUUUGUCUUAUCAAAUGGACAGCAUCCCUAUGGUGAUACACUGAAACGUCAAGCAAACAUUCUUUCAAAUGAAUAUGAUAUAAGUAAUUUAGCGACUAUUAGAACGAAGCAGUAUGAAAAUAUAUUAGCGAUGGAACUAAUUGGUGAUAUGAUAAACAAAGACGCGUCUAAAAGACCUAGUACGGAGGCAAUUUUAAAGCAUCCACUUUUUUGGAGAGAGGAGAAAAUUUUGAGUUUUUUUCAGGAUGUUUCAGAUAGGAUAGAAAAAUUAGAUUUAAAUAAUGAGCCGCUAAGGACUCUCGAAAGGAAUGCAGGGCUGGUUGUGCGAGACGAUUGGAGUGUGCAUCUACAUGAGGAAAUCACAGCAGAUUUGAGAAAGUAUCGUGGCUAUUAUGGAAUUAGUGUGAGGUGUCUGUUAAGAGCACUUAGAAAUAAGAAGCAUCACUAUCAUGAACUUUCGUCGGAUAUGCAAAAGAUUUUAGGCUCAAUACCAAAUGAUUUUGUAAGAUAUUGGAUAACUAGAUUUCCACAUUUAUUGUCACACACUUAUCAUGCAAUGGAAACUUGUGCAAAAGAGAAUAUUUUUAAGCGUUAUUACAGUACACAAUAUCAAUUUACAAAGCCAGACUAUUUGUUUGAUGAGGAUCUGGAUAACUAUGCACUAUCAAGUCAAGAGUGUUCAAAGCCAAUCACAAAGGAGAAGAAUUACAAUAAAAAGGAGAAUAAGCAGCCUAGCAAUAGUAGUAAUAAUUUUAAUAACAAAACUAAACGUGGUGCGUACAAUUUCCUUAAGGUUCAAGGUAAAGCUAAUGAUGCUGGAUUUAUUACGCGUGGUGAAAUGAUGAUGCCAAAAUGUGAUAGCGAGGAAAAGUUCACAUGGAAGCUGACUAAUUAAUAAAUUAAUAUUUGUAUUAAGUGCCCAAUGAAAUGUUUAUUUUUUAUACUGUAUAUUACAUUAAGUCACUAAAUGUAGAUGAAAUUUUCUAUGAAAAUAAAAUGUUUAAGAGACUGUCAAAUUUGAGAUAUUCACCACUAAACUACCGAGGAUAAAAUAUUAUUAACAUGAUUUUUGUGCAAAAAUCCGCUGAUAAUAAAUUCAAAUCUGUAACA